AUGGACCAACCGUUUAGCAAACGUCGUCGCACUGAUGCAGCCACUGCGCUAUCAAAGCCAUUCAAGUCUCCAUUACGCAGGCCUGCGCCCACAACCACUGAUGACGUACCAUCUACAACUGCCGCACCUAAUACCCCCAAAGAGAUGCAAGUCCCAGCGAGUACUACCAUACCUGUAGAAUCUCGCCUGAUCUCGGACUCAUCCAACCCAACAACAACUCCAGUGCUGCCCAAGCGCAAACGCAGGCUCUACUUCCCAGUCCCAAUCGAGCGUCCCGACCCAGAGGUACUGGAACUGGAAAAGCAGCAACGAGGCCUGCAGUCACAAGUUGACUCACUUCGUACCAAGCUCGAAACAGCAACUCAGGCCUUGAAUCUCGAGUCCUCGACCAAAGACAUCGAACUACAAGCCCUCAUCACCAAAUGGCGUCUUGUCAGCCAAGAAGCAGCUGAUGAGGUGUUUACUGGCGCUAAAGAGAGAGUUUCUCGCAUGGGAGGACUGGCGGCUUGGAAAGAGCGCUCGAAGCGCGAUGCGACUCGGUGGGACUUUGAUGAAGAGGAGCAUGAGCGGGAGCAUGUUGAUGAGGAUGAAGGGGAGAUUGAUUAUUCCCAUGUAGAAGAUGCUAUUGAUGACCUACAAAACGGGAAGAAUCUUACCAAGGAAGAAUUGGGGGAUGGUCAAGAUGAGGUAGGUGCUGUGAGGCUGCUGGGGUUCUGGUUACUGAUCUUGCUUAGGAGUUCACGAUGGAGUUUAUGCUUAAGAGUCUGCAUGUUGAUCCUAAAUUGA